AUGACAGACCAACGUCCAAAGCUGCUGUGUCUCCACGGCGGGGGCGCAAACGCGAUGAUCUUCGAAAUUCAACUCAUAAGGCUGCAACGGGCACUUAAUUCUCGCUUCGACCUGGUUUUCCUGGAUGCACCGAUUGAAACGGCACCAGGGCCCGGCGUGCUUCCGGUAUUUGAGGGCUGCGAGCCUUAUCGGCGUUGGGUCAGCGACGACACCGCCACCCCGGAGGAUGAGUUUCAGGCGCAGAAGGACAAAGCAAUGGAUAUUUUGAAGACGUACAUGAAGGAGAAGGGUCCCUUUGCCGGGUUGGUAGGAUUCUCCCAGGGUGCCCGCGCCGCAUCGAGUCUGCUCCUCGAGCAGCAGCGAGAGCCUUUCGUUGACGGCAAGUUGUUCGGCGUUUUCCUCUGCGGGACUUUCCCGCCAUUUGUGCCGCAUGAGGAAAUCAUCACUGCGCCGACCGUCCAUGUAAUUGGACUAGAGGACUUUUACAAGCCGCUCAGCGAGCAGUUGUACGAGCAUUGUUCGGACAAGGUUAUGCGGAGGGUUAUGAGGUUCCCAGGCGGGCACCAUUUGCCCACGUCACCCGAGGCGCUUCAGGUCAUUGCCAGCAUGAUUUUGGGAGCUUACAAAGAAUCAACGAGGGAUUGA